CUCAGGCCCCGCCCCCCUGCCCUCCAGCCCCCACCCCCGCCGCCGGCUGGCGGGAGGAGGGACAUGCGCACGCGGUGGCUGGGCGCAGGGCGCCGGGAGGCGGGGGAGCGCGCGUGCAGUUCCUCCCCACCCGAGCUGGCGGGCGCUGCGGGGAGCUGGGCGGCCGUGGGUGGGGAACCCGACGCGGGAGCGGGGAGCGCGCCGCCAGCGGACUAGUGCGGGUGUGCGGACCCGCGAGCCCGGAGCGCAGCGUCUAGGGAUGCGAGCGGCGGGGAGCCGCCGCGCCGUUGUGCCGGGUGAACUCGAGCGGCAGUGACCUCAGCGAGGGGAGAGCGGGACGACGGCGGCCGCCAGCCCCGCUGGGAUCCUGGGGGCCAGGGGUGCGCGGGGAACGGCGGCGGCGCGAGAGCGCGGGGCGCAGACCGGGCGGGGCUGGGGACAGUGAUGAGCGGGCGCGCGGGGAGGCUGCACGCCGCCGCCGCCGCCCGGAGCAUUUGCCGCCCGAGCUGCUGCUCGCGGCCCGGGACCCGGCCAUGGAGACGCUGAACGGCCUCGCGGGCGGCGGCACCCCGGAGGCGAAGCCGCUGCCGCCCGGCCAGCACCACCGCCACCAUCACCUCCACCCGCUGGCCGAGCGUAGGCGGUUGCACCGCGCGCCCUCGCCUGCCAGACCCUUCCUCAAGGAUCUGCACGGCCGGACCCCGGCGUCCGGCCCGGCCCUGGCCGCCCCCUCCUCGGGCCGAGCCCAGGCGCCCGCCGCCCCACGCUCGCCCAGCCUCGCGGGCAAAGCGCCGCCCUCGCCAGGAACCGUGGCCGCGCCCGGCCGCCUCUCUCGGCGCAGCGGCGGCGCCCCUGGCGCGAAGGACAAGCCGCCGCCGGGAGCCGGGGCCAGGGCAGCGGGCGGCGCCAAGGCCGCUCUGGGCCCCAGGAGGGUGGCGCGCACGGCGCCCGGGGAGCUGCUGCCCCGGGCAGGGAGGCCGCCGCCGCCGCCCGGGACCGAGCCGCUGUCCGCCGCUGCCAAGGGCCGCAAAGCCAAACGCGGCUCCGGGGCGCCCCCCGCCCGUGCCGCCGGGCCGCCGGUCCCCGCCGCCCCGAUCCCCGCCGUGAUCCUCGCCGUGACCUCCGCGGCCGGCUCCCCGGCUCCAGGCUCGCGCAUCAGCCACACGGACAGCAGCUCCGACCUCUCCGACUGCCCCUCCGAACCCCUGUCCGACGAGCAGCGCCUGCUCCCCGCCGCCAGCAGCGACGCCGAGUCUGGCACGGGCUCCAGCGACCGGGAACCGCUGCGAGGAGCCCCUACGACGAGCCCCGCGGCUCGGGGGGCGCCUCCCGGCAGCCCCGAGCCCCCCGCGCUCCUUGCCGCGCCUCCCGCCGCCGGCGCCUGCCUCGGGGGUCGGAGCAGCCCGGGCGGAGUCCCCGCGGGGUCCCUGGGAACUGCUGUGGCGGAGGAUGCCGGGGGACGCGCGCCGUUCGAGCGAACGGUCCCCGGGAUCCCCAAGGACCCCGGUCUUGGCGAGCAGACCCGACUGAUCCCGGCGGCCGCGGUGGAGGAGGAGCUGCUGCGGGAGAUCGAGGAGCUGCGCUCGGAGAACGACUAUCUCAAGGAUGAAUUGGACGAACUCCGUGCUGAGAUGGAAGAGAUGAGAGACAGUUACCUAGAGGAAGAUGUUUACCAGCUGCAGGAGCUUCGGCGAGAGCUGGACCGUGCUAAUAAAAACUGCCGAAUCCUGCAGUACCGCCUCAGGAAAGCAGAGCAGAAGAGUCUGAAAGUGGCUGAGACUGGUCAGGUGGAUGGCGAGCUCAUCCGGAGUCUGGAGCAGGAUUUAAAGGUAGCCAAAGAUGUAUCUGUUAGAUUGCACCACGAACUUGAAACCGUGGAGGAAAAGCGUGCGAAAGCUGAAGAUGAAAACGAAAGUCUCCGACAGCAGAUGAUUGAAGUGGAAAUAUCCAAGCAGGCCCUCCAAAAUGAGCUGGAGAGACUGAAAGAGAGUUCCCUGAAAAGAAGAGGCAGCCGGGAAACGUACAAAGAAAAGAAAACCUUGAACCAGGAUGACAGUGCCGAUUUGAAGUGCCAGCUUCAGUUUGCCAAAGAGGAAGGCUCCCUGAUGCGUAAAAAGAUGGCCAAGCUGGGGAGGGAGAAGGACGAGCUGGAACAGGAGCUCCAGAAGUACAAGGCCGUCUACGGUGACGUGGACAGCCCUCUCCCCACGGGGGAGGCGGGCGGGCCGCCCAGCACCAGGGAGGCCGAGCUGAAGCUGCGACUCAAGUUGGUUGAGGAAGAAGCCAACAUCUUAGGCCGCAAGGUCGUGGAGCUGGAGGUGGAGAACCGAGGCCUCAAAGCAGAAAUGGAGGACCUGCGGGUCCAGUAUGAGCGAGAGGGUGCGGGCCGGGACCACGCCCCAAGCAUUCCUACCUCACCCUUCGGCGACUCCCUGGAGUCCUCGACGGAGCUCCGCCGGCACCUGCAGUUUGUGCAGGAGGAAGCGGAGCUGCUCCGGAGGUCCAUAUCCGAGAUCGAAGACCACAACCGGCAGCUGACCCAUGAGCUGAGCAAGGUCAAGUUUGAGCCCCGGCCGGAGCCCGGGUGGCUGGCGGACGGCACGGGCACAGGCACGGGCGUGGGCAGCGGGGCACCUCUGCAGGAGGAGCUGAAGUCAGCCCGGCUGCAGAUCAACGAGCUGAGCGGGAAGGUGCUGAAACUGCAGUAUGAGAACCGGGUGCUCCUGUCCAACGCGCAGCGCUACGACCCGGCCGCCCACCUGGGCCUACGUGCCCCGAGCCCCCGGGACAGUGACGCGGACAGCGACCAGGGCAAGAAGGAGAGCGACGGGGAGGAAGGCCGCCAGCCCCAGCCCAAACGGGAAGGCCCUAUCGGCGGCGAGAGCGACUCAGAGGACAUGUGCGAGAAGACGUCGGGCUUUGGCAGCGGGAAGCCGUCGGAGGCGAGCGAUCCGUGUCCAGCCGAGCUCCUGAGGGCCAGGGAGGACACCGAGUGCCUGGCGAGCAUAAAGCACGAGGCCGAGCGCCUCGAGCGGACCGUGGAGCGCCUCAUCACAGACACCGCCGGCUUCGGGGACGACGUGGGGCCGCAGGGCGGUGGCGAGGCCUCGCCGGGGUCUGGCGUCCAGGGGGCAGGGGAGACGGGCGAGGGGGGCAAGAAGGAGCCCCCGCUGCUGGGGACCAUCAACUCGAGGAUGAAGGCUUUCAGGAAGGAGCUGCAGGCCUUCCUGGAGCAGGUGAACCGGAUCGGGGACGGCCUGAGGGAGCGCCUGGAGGGCCUGUCCCCGCUGCCCCACCUCACGGAGUCUUCCAGCUUUCUCUCCACUGUGACCUCUGUAUCCCGGGACUCCCCCGUCGGGAACCUGGGCAAGGAGCUGGUCCCGGACCUGCAGUCCAAACUGAGAGGUCAGCCGGAGUGGCAGCCGGGUCAGGAACGCGGGGAAGAGCCGGAACAGCUGCACCGCCGGGCUGAUGGGGACGCUGGGAGCUGCCAGCAGGCAGGCCAGAGCUACUUCAGUCUAGAGCUCAGGGGCCCCCCUGUUUUACCUGAACAGAGUGUAUCGCUAGAAGAGCUGCAGGGUCAGCUUGCACAGGCGGCCAGACUGCAUCAAGAGGAGACAGAGAAAUUUACAGACAGGAUUCGUAAGAUGGAGGAGGAGCACCUCUACGCCUUGAGGUGGAAAGAGCUAGAAAUGCACAGCCUGGCUUUGCAAAACACCCUCCAUGAGCGAACCUGGAGUGAUGAGAGAAAUCUGAUGCAGCAGGAGCUCCGUUCCUUGAAGCAGAACAUUUUCCUUUUCUACGUCAAACUCAGGUGGCUGCUGAAGCUCUGGCGGCAAGGGAAACAGAUGGAGGAGGAAGGCGAGGAUUUCACGGAGAGUGAGCAUCCAGAGACCCUCCCCAGGCUCGGUGAGCUUGGAGAGCAAGGGGACCCGAAGGGGGACAGCCCAGACCGGGACGACAAUGGUCCAGGCUGCGGCUUUUCGAUGGGAGAGCAUUCUCCACACUCCCCUGUGCAGAUUGGUGACCACGGAUCGCGGCUGCAGCCUGCGCAUGGGGGGCAGCUCCACAAGCAGGUGGUGGAAAACCAGCAGCUGUUUGGUGCGCUCAAGACCCUGCUGGAGGACCUGCACGCGGAGCUGCGGGAGGACGAGCAUGCGCGGCGGCGGCUGCAGCAGCAGUACGCCAGCGACAAGGCCGCCUGGGACGUGCAGUGGGCGGCGCUCAAGUGCCGCCUGGAACAGCUGGAAGAGAAGACGGAGAAGAACUUGGGAGAACCAGGCUCUCCCGCCGACAGCAAAGGGGCCUUCAAGAAGGAGAGGGAGACGCACCAGAAGCUCCUCGCUGACAGUCACGGCCUGGUUAUGGACCUGCGCUGGCAGAUCCAUCACAGCGAGAAGAACUGGAACCGGGAGAAGGUGGAGCUUCUCGACCGUCUAGACGGAGACCGGCAGGAGUGGGAGCGGCAGAAGAAAGAGCUCUUGUGGAGAAUAGAACAGUUGCAGAAAGAAAACAGCCCCCGGAGAAGUGGCAGCUUCCUCUGUGAUCCAAAAGAAGGCAACAUCCGCCCCUUUGCCCACCCGGGAAGCCCCCGUAUGCCCCGCCCCUUGGGGAUGUGGCCCUGCGCAGACACAGACUCUACCCCAUUUGAAGACCGGCCGCUGUCCAAGCUGAAGGAAUCGGACAGGUGUUCAGCACGGGAAAAUCUCUACUUGGAUGCCUUGUCCCUGGAUGACGAGCCAGAGGAGCCUCCGGCCCGCGGGCCCCAGCGGGAGUUCAGGAACUGCCUCCCCCAGGAAGAAGAAAAUCACAAGGGAAAUCUUCAAAGGGCUGUGUCCGUGUCUUCCAUGUCCGAAUUCCAGCGUCUGAUGGACGUCUCUCCCUUCCUGCCGGAGAAGGGCCUGCCGGCUGCUGGCAGCAAGGAGGACGUCACCCCGCCCCUGUCUCCUGACGACCUGAAGUACAUCGAGGAGUUCAACAGCAAGAGCUGGGACGAGAGGCCCCCGGAGCCCUGGGCAGACAGGACCGAGGGGGGGCGGGCAGGGGACGAGGCCGGCGCCGAGUCUUUCCCCGACUCCUCCUGGUACCUCACCACAAGCGUCACCAUGACCACGGACACCAUGACCAGCCCCGAGCACUGCCGGAAGCAGCCUCUGAGGAGCCACGUGUGCACCGAGCAGGCCGGGCUGCGGGUGCUGCAUAGCCCACCCGCGGUCCGGAGGAUGGACAGCAUCGCGAUGGCAGGCGGCGAGGGCAAGGGCCGCUCGGAGCCCGAGGGCCCGUUUCCCACAAGCAGAGCCAGGGGGGACACUGGAGACUCAAAGGGAGGCCCCUCAGAACAUGUGCUUAGCAGGUGGCCUUGCGCCCCCUCCAGACACCCCCGAGACUACGUGGAGGGAGGGCUGCGCCCCCUCGAGAGUGCCCUCUGCGCCCCCCUGGGUUUUGCGUCCCCCCUGCACGGCCUACAGAUGUCCAAGAACAUGAGUGAUGACAUGAAGGAGGUGGCCUUCUCCGUCAGGAACGCCAUAUGCUCUGGUCCCCCCAAGCCUCCUCUCAAGGACAUGGCCUGCCAGACCAACGGGUCCCGGACGACAGGGACACAGACCGUCCAGACCAUCAACAUCGGCCUGCAGACCGAAGCCCUGCGUGGCAGCGCCAUCACCAGCAGCCCCCACAAGUGUCUCACGCCAAAGGCGGGGGGUGGUGCCACGCCUGCGUCAUCUCCUUCCCGCGGCCUUAGGAGCAGGCAGGUGGCCCCUGCCAUCGAGAAGGUGCAGGCUAAGUUCGAACGCACAUGCUGUUCCCCCAAGUACGGGUCUCCCAAGCUGCAGAGGAAGCCCCUCCCCAAAACUGAGCAGCCAAAUAGCAGGACCUCCCUAGGGCUGGCCCAGAAAGGGUGCAGCGGGUCAGCCUGGGCCCGCUCCACCACUACAAGGGAGAGCCCCGUGCACACCGCCAUCAACGAUGGCCUCUCCAGCCUCUUCAACAUCAUCGACCACAGCCCCGUGGUGCAGGACCCCUUCCAGAAGGGGACCCGGGCCGGCAGUCGGUCUCGCUCAGCAGAACCUCGGCCAGAGCUGGGCCCAGGCCAGGACACCGGCCCCGAUUCCCGGGGACGGUCCCCGAGCCCCAUCGGGGCUGGCUCAGAGACGUGGAGGGAGGACGGGGGAGAGGGCACGCCCUUGAGGCAGGACUUAUCCGCUCCCCCUGGCUACACACUCACCGAGAACGUAGCCCGGAUCCUCCACAAGAAGCUGUUGGAGCAUGCCUUAAAGGAGGAGAGGAGACAGGCCCCCCACGGGCCCCCAGGUCUUAACAGUGACAGCCACAUGGGAGACACGGUCAAAGCUGAACCAGGGUCCAUCGAGGAACUACCUUGUUCCGCACUAGCUCCAUCCCUAGAACCCUGCUUCUCCAGGCCCGAGAGACCAGCAAACCGUCGCCCUCCGUCCCGUUGGGCCUCACAUUCCCCCACUGCCUCAGCGGCUCAGUCACCCGGAGACCCAGCCUCCUUGGAGGAGCUCGGAGAAGAGGAGCCGCCCGGGGAGAAGUCAUACCUGUGACGAGAGUGCAAGUUUGCAUGGGUUAUUGGGGACUGAUUCCCCGCGAUUUGCGUAACCACACCGUCGUCAUCAACCAAGCUCCGCCCACAAGGAGAGAUCCAGCUUUCCCAAGGUCAAAGAAUGUUUCUUAAAACACACACAGCUGCUGAAUGUCCAACCUGUGAACCUGAGAUGUUUCUAGAACGAAACCGUAAACGUGCCUGUAAUAACUUAAUUUUUUUCAUAGCUCAGAAAACUAUUUUUGUCUCCAUCUUUUUUACACACAGUAUAUUAAACAAACAAACAAAAAAAGCUAGGUAAGAUAUAAAUAAAUUUAAAAAAUAAAAGUUUUAAAGGUGUACAUUUUAAGAGAUUCUGAACACCCUUGCUCUCAAUACUGACUGCCUCUCUGUUAAAUUUGCACUGUUACAUUUCGGUUUGGUUUCUUUCCACGUUGAAUUAGAGUGUUUUAAGUUAA